GAAUUUGUUGAGAAAGUAUAAGAAAAAACAAGGAAGCAACGAAACAUCGAAGAAAGAGUAGAGCGAAUAAAGAUCGGACAUCGGACAUCGCAGCGUCGCUGAAGGCCAAAAUUCCACAGUAGCAUCAGUCAGUAGAACUUGUUGAAUACUUUUGGAGAUUUUAAGUUGUUAUAUAGAAAGAUAUUGAAGACCACAGUAUAAUACACCUAGACGCGUAUAGAUUUCACGCCCACUCUGAGCAGUGGAGAGUGCAGUGAAAAUAUAAAAUGUAUACACGCGAUACAGAAUUGCGGCGACUGCAAACUAAUGAUGUAAACCGGCUGGCUGAAACACUNGGGUUCGAUGGUGGGCGAAAAUUGAUGGAAACUAUACCCAAAAAUUGGUCAACUCAAGAUGCAGCCAAUAUCGGAGAUUCCGUAGGACGAGGUAGCCAUAAAUGGAACGGUUCAAGUGUGGUUGAAUUGAAGUAUAAGCCCGAACAAAUACGUCUAAUAGAAGAAGCAACCAAGCAAACAAGUGGGUGUUAUUUUGCGGAGAUAUUGAUUCAAGAAUGGAGUACAAGUGGACGUAAACACGAGCGCCCAACGGUUGGCCUACUAUUACAAUUGCUAAUAAAGGCUGACCUCUGGAAUGCAGCAGAUUUUGUGGCAGAGCAUUUUCUUAACGAACCGCUGCCCGAGCGUCCAUUAGAAGGACCUGGAGCUAAAGUAGACAUAUCCAUACCUACGGAGUGUUUAGGUAGUGUGGCGGACUUUGUUAAUGACUCCAACGGCUACCCAGACACAGAAACACUCAAUGAUAAUGCUCAUCGUGUAGAUAGUGUUCCAGAUCACAAUCGAGAUUAUUAUACGAAAGUUCCGUUCUUUAGUAAGGAUAUGAAUGGUACGGCUCCAAAACCACCACCGCGAGCGCAACGAAUCGCACGUAAACAAAACUUACAAAACCGCCAACAACAACAGUUGCAACUACAAAAUCAACAACCACAAAUUAACAACGAAGCUGACACAGCGGAGCCUGUUGAUGGUACCAAAAAGAAUCACGGCCACGAAAAAGGUGAUGUACCGAAUUUGCAACAAAAUUGCCAUUUGUCUGUUAGUAAUUCUAUGUCGGCACAUAAUAUACCAGAAUUAAGCGACUUGCUUGAGUUUAAUAGUAGUAAUCACUCAACUGCUAAAUCGGAGGAGCUGAACAGGCUCCCCAUGCUUACGCUUCUGGAUUCCAACAUCGCCAGCGCAUCAGGUGAACCUAAAGAUGCGCCAAUCGUCGCUUCGACAUCGAAUGCUGCGGCGACGUUAUCGUCAGAAAUUGGUUCUGGCGGUAGUCUGCCCCUUAUCACUGAACUCAAUUUGAGCACCAACAGUAGUGUAGCUUUGAAUGGUGUGGGAAAUAACUUUAGUUCAAAUCAAUUGUCACGGCAAAUUACAACACCUUCGCCAAAUGCUAUAAGCGACGAUAGUCACUGCAGUAGUCUAAGCAAUGAUAGCUUUGACGAUGAUGGCCAAAAUGAAUAUAACGGUAUAAACAUGUCAGAUGUUGGUAAUGUUGAUGCAGAAUUAGAUGGAAACUCAGGUGAUCAAAGUUUGCCAUGUCUAAGUGUUUUUGGACGACAGAGUCCAGGCAAUGACUCGAGCUUGACUACUGUAACAUGCACCAGUGGGGACAAUAGCUUUGAAUUCAGUUUGAAUGAUUCGAGUUCGACUUCUACAACCGACCCCACAGCUCAAUGGAAAUAAGAUGUUUCGUAUGCUGCGGCACGCAUGUUAAAAAUAAGAUAAGAGCUAGUAUAAGCAUGUAUGUAUUCCAAAUGAUUUGCAUAAUUUAACAUGUGUUAAAGUUUACAAGGGUUUCCCUAUUGAUAUAAAAUAUAUAACAUUAGAUAUUUAAAAGGGAUCAAGCACGUGCAAAUCACAGUGGAUUGUAUAUAAUGUGAGAGUUUCUAAAAUUUAACUGACAACGGAAGUCUAAACAGCUUCUGAAUGAUAUAAGAAAUGUAAAUUGUAAAAUAUACCAAGUAUUUUUAAACAAAGAUGAUCCUUGUAAUGCGUUUCAUCCCUUGUUUUUUCAUGUUUAAAAAAAUACAAAGUAUUUUCUAUGAUUUUCUACGAUUACUAUUUAAACACAUUAA